CUCUGAACACUAAAUAUAUUAAUAAACUAGCUUCACAAUGUCCAAGGAAACCGAAGCUCCACGGGCGGACAAAGAGUUGGACCUCUCAAAUGCCGGACGUGGAGUUUGGUUGGUCAAAGUUCCCAAAUACAUUGCCAACAAGUGGGAGAAAGCUCCCAGCAACAUCGAGGUCGGUAAGCUGAAGAUAUCCAAACAGGUCGGUCAGAAGGCACAAGUGUCGCUGACCCUGUCGGAUGCCGUGAUCAGCAUCGAUACGGGCGAGGACAUUCCUCGGGAACACAAACUGGACGUUUCGGUGGUGACGAAGCAAACGUUGGGAGUGUUUUCGCACAGCGUUCCAACGACGAGUCGGGAGGAUGCGGCACCGGAAGGCGAAAAGCUAUUCAUGGAGGGACGCAUCGUCCAGCGGCUAGAGUGCCGCCCACUGGGGGACAAUGCCUACAUGAAGAUGAAGCUGGAAUCGAUCCGAAAGGCUUCGCAACCGACCCGGCAGGUGAAAUCGUUGGAGAAGAUUGUUCACAACUUCAAACCCGUCUCGGACCACAAGCACAACAUCGAGGACAAGGAACGGAAGAAAGCCGAAGGCAAGAAGUCUCGCGACGACAAGAAUGCCGUGCUGGAUAUGCUGUUCAAUGCGUUCGAAAAGCACCAGUACUACAACAUUAAGGAUCUGGUUAAGAUAACCCGGCAACCGAUUAGCUAUCUGAAGGAGAUUCUGAAGGAAGUUUGCGAUUACAAUAUGAAAAACCCGCACAAGAACAUGUGGGAACUGAAGAAGGAGUACCGCCACUACAAAGACGACGAAAAGAAGGAGGAAAACAAGGGUAUGUCCGAUAGUGACAGCGACUGACAGUAGUAAGGACGCUGGAGGGUGAGCUGUUUCUUUUUUAUUAUUAUUAUAGCAGGGUAAUCUUAAUGUAAUAUGUAAAAAUGUCAAUGUUACGGCUAGCAUCGAAAGGAAAUACAUUUAAUUUUGACAAUUUGAAAA